CCGAAGGAGAGUGUCAUUCUUUCCUUCACUCUUGUUUUUGUAUGUGAGAUAUAGCGUCUCUGGAUGUGUCCUGUCUUCACCCACACAACGGACCUGUCUGUCUCUCAUUAUCCGGACACGUCAGUCACACUGACACCGUUUCUGAGGCCGAUUUUAAUUUGCGUUUGCGGAGCUGGACCCGCACACCGGGACUCAGUCCAGCCCGGUUCGGCUCGGUUCUGUGAACGGGACACGGCGGGGGUUUAAACGACAGCCCGAACAGAGAUGGAGAGACGCAGACUGAUGUGAACAGAACCAGCGCUAUGGAGAUACAUCCACUAUGCACUAAGCUUUGCCAUCAUAAAGCUGUGGAGCUGAAGGAUGAUGUGUGUGAGAAACAGAGUGCAGUCACCAUCAAUCCACGUCACAUGAAGAAAGCCUUCAGGAUCAUGAACGAGCUCCGCAGUCAGAGUGUACUGUGUGAUGUCACUAUUAUUGCGGAGGAUGUGGAGAUCGCUGCUCAUCGAGUCGUCUUAGCUGCUGGGAGUCCUUACUUCCAUGCUAUGUUUACAGGAGAGAUGACCGAGAGCCGGCAGAAGAAGGUUCGAAUCAAAGAGAUUGAUGGCUGGACUUUGGGAAUGCUGAUAGACUAUGUUUACACCGCUGAGAUCCAAGUAACGGAGGAGAAUGUGCAGGUGCUCUUGCCUGCCGCUGGUCUGCUGCAGUUGCAGGAAGUUAAAAAGGCCUGCUGCGAGUUUCUCAUAACUCAACUUCACCCAACCAACUGCCUCGGUAUCCGCGCCUUUGCCGAUUUGCACGCCUGCACGGAACUGCUCAAUCUUGCCAACACGUAUGCAGAGCAGCACUUCUCAGAGGUCGUGCAGAGUGAGGAGUUUCUCAAUCUGGGCAUGGAGCAAGUCUGCAGCCUCAUAGCAAGCGACAAACUGACCAUUACAUCCGAAGAAAAGGUGUUUGAAGCGGUCAUAGCGUGGGUCACGCAUGAUAAAGAUGUGCGUCAGGAACACAUGUCUCAUCUGAUGGAACAUGUUCGCUUGCCCCUUCUUUCCAGAGAAUACCUCGUACAGAGGGUGGAAGAGGAAACUCUAGUAAAGAACAGCAGCACAUGUAAAGACUACCUUAUUGAAGCUAUGAAGUACCACCUUCUGCCUGCCGAGCAGCGCUCCAUGAUGAAGACCAUCCGGACCAGAGUGAGAACACCCAUCAGCUACCCAAAGGUGAUGGUUGUAGUCGGGGGACAGGCCCCUAAAGCCAUCCGCAGUGUGGAGUGCUAUGAUUUUGAGGAGGAGAGAUGGUUUCAAGUGGCAGAAUUACCCUCCAGACGAUGUCGAGCAGGUGUGGUGUACGUGGGCGGAGUUGUGUAUGCUGUCGGGGGUUUCAACGGGUCAUUGCGUGUGAGGACGGUGGACGCGUACGACCCAGUAAAAGAUGAGUGGUGUUGUGUCAGCAGUAUGCAGGACCGGAGGUCAACACUAGGGUCCGCUAUCCUCAACGGACUGCUGUAUGCUGUAGGGGGCUUUGAUGGCAGCACAGGUUUAGCUACUGUAGAGGCGUAUAACGCUAAGGCCAAUGAGUGGUUCCACGUCAAUCCCAUGAACACGCGGCGAAGCAGUGUUGGAGUCGGCGUUGUUGGAGGUUUGCUUUAUGCAGUCGGAGGGUAUGACGGAGCAACACGUCAGUGUUUGAGUACUGUUGAGGCCUAUAACCCCAACACCAAUGAAUGGUCUUACAGAGCAGAGAUGGGAACCCGUCGUAGUGGUGCAGGUGUAGGUGUGUUAAAAGGUCUGCUGUAUGCAGUAGGAGGGCACGACGGCCCCUUGGUCAGAAAGAGCUGUGAGAUGUAUGACCCCACCACUAACACAUGGAAACAGGUGGCUGAUAUGAACAUGUGCCGCAGGAACGCAGGUGUGUGUGCCGUGAAUAACCUGCUGUAUGUGAUUGGUGGUGAUGAUGGUUCGUGCAACCUGGCUUCAGUGGAGUUCUACAAUCCAAACACUGAUAAAUGGACACUACUGCCCACCUGCAUGAGCACAGGACGCAGCUACGCAGGUGUGACCGUCAUUGAUAAGCCUCUCUAAGCAGCUGUGGAGUUGUUGAACACUGUAGCUGACGCUGACGUACAGCAGAGGAUUCGCUCACACUGAAGCUCUUACGAUGGCUGAAGCUUCAUCCUGGAACUGCUUCACCAUGGACAUGGCCUGGAGAAUACUGCUCUCUCUCUCUCUCUCUCUCUCUCUCUCUCUCUCUCUCUCUCUCUCUCUCUCUCUCUCUCUCUCUCUCUCUCUCUCUCUCUCUCUCUCUCUCUCUCUCACACACACUCAUUUAAAUACUUAACUACAAGCAUUCUCACACUACCUCUUUUUGUCUCUAGCUAUACACUUACACACUCUUUAUCUCUCUUUUCUUUCUGUUUCUCUUGUUUGAGAGUAGUCAGUGAUGAAGUUUAUUGCACUUUGAGGAGCCCUGAAGAAGCAGGGACGAAACAAAAUGUUGCUAACCUCUGACAAAAGUCUGGUGCAAAAAUUUGGCCAGCGCGUCUGUGGCAUCAUCAAAACUUUCCUGCGUUUGAGCCGAGGGAAUGGCCAGAGAUUUUUGCUGCUUGAUCUCUCGAUCUGAAGGAACCCAUUGAUGGUUUUUGCUUAUUCAAAUAAAGUUUGAGGGUAAAUGUGUCUAGUUUAGGACCAGCACUUUGUUGCCUCUUGGAAGGUUGUUUAUGAAGUCACUGGACUUUAAACAUCUUCAUUAUGAAGGUUGGUUGAUGAUGAUGUUGAUGAUGAUGAUGAUGAUGAUGAUAAUUCUUGUUUUAUGGUUAGAGCUGAAACUUUUGCUUGCCUAUAUGCAAGAAGGGUCUCUACUGAAGAUGAACAAACUUUUACAUUUUGCAAUUUGUUUGCCAAACAACAUUUGAAGUCUUAAAGUUUGAACCGUCUGUUGUUGUUUUUUCUUUUAAUACUUUUUUUCUUGUGGUCCGGUUGUUCGAGAAUUGCGAUCUUUGACAUAUUCGAAACGUUAACGAACGCUUCGGCAUGCACGAUACUGUGGACUGAUGCUGGUUGCUUGGGUAUUAAACCGCUUUGCAUGGUUCUAAAUACUGAUGUUUGUGUGCCAUUCUUAAACUACUGCUGUACUCACUAACCAACGUGACGUGCUCUCUGUACUAGCGGUAUUGAACGCUGAAGAAGUAUAAAGAUACAAUUUCUUUCUUUUUUUUCUCUCUCUUUGUUCUUUUUUUUCCUUCUUUGUUUUCUGUAACUUUAAUGGUUUUCUAUGUUUUGCUCUUGCUGUUUAGUAUUUAACUCUUUUUAACUACUGUCACCAAGCCUAUUAAUGAAUAUAUAUACAAUUGUGUAUUAUUAAUUAUCAGUCAAAAGGAAUGUUGUGUUCUUGAAGUUUCAUAACUUGUUUUAUAUCAUUAAUAAUAAACAUGCUUCUAGUAAAAACACCUAA